CCAGAAAAGGGCUUUGAAUAUGAUUUUUACAUCAUACACAGUCGUACGGAUGCGACUGAAUGGGUUCAAAGAAACUUACUACCAACUUUGGAAAUGGAUCAUGGCCUAAAGUGUUACGUUGACGAGAGAGAUUUUGUCCAAGGGAGAACCUUUACUGACAACCGCGUUAAAGACUUCAUCUUAAAGAGCAGAAAAACCAUUGCCGUCUUGUCAAAUGGCUUUCUUAAAAGGAACGUUUGCGUUCAUGAAUUACAAUUAGCUGUCUCUGUUUCACGACAAAGAGGAGAUGAAAGCGUAGUUUUUAUUAAAAUUGAUAAUGUAGAAAUGAAUAUACUUCCCGAACCAUUUAAUGAGAAAAAUUUUAUUGACUUAACAGCGUCAAAGAAAACGUUGGAGGAGGAGCUGUUUCCGUUUUUAGAAGUCCGUGCUAAACAAGGCGUUGAACAAGGUGGGUAGUAUACUUUUGGGUGUGUGAGUGAACAAGAGUACCCCCUCCCCUUCAGAGAUUUUCUCUUUACUCUUAAUAUUCACUUAGAAAACGAGCUAUUGACUGUCGAUUAAAAAUCCUAAAACAAAAUGUAUCGAUUUGUCGCCCAAUCCUUGAAGCUGCGUGUUUUAAGUAUUGUGUUACUGCUAUUAGUUCGUUCAAAUUACGUCAGCCAAGUGAAAACAGUGCAAAAUUGCAGAUGUCAUAAGCUAAAUUUUGGAGUGGACGUAGAAAGCUUAGAGGAGGAAAAGUCCGUUUUUGCUCUCCGUUUUCGAAGUUAUCCUUCCUGAGUACCUGUAAAUGUUUUUCUCUUCUUGCGAACUUUCGGUUUGAUUGAGGGUGCCUGAGGUUCCUUAUAAGCUGAUAUUGAAGUGCGCAACCAAGUAAUUUCAGUGUACCCUGCGAGCAAAGGCUACAUUUUCGCCGGGAGAAAUGGUGUGCAAAAAUUUGUUCACACCACGAAAAUGUAGCCUCUCCUCGAAGGGUAGUUACAGUGUCAACAGAGACAUAUUAAAGUUCUUUAUCAAAAUGGGGAAGAUAAAUAUCAUGAAUUUUUGACAGCGUCUGUCUACUGUCAUUUUAUAAACAAGUAACUUACUACAAUUAGCUUGUCUUUGGAGCACCUCAACUUUAACUUUGAGGUAAGUUUCGGGCUAAGCUAUAAUGAGUUGAUUUUGUUUCAAAAUGGUAUUUUUGCCACAGUACAGCACAGCUAAAGCUAGGCUUCGUCUCUAGCGCGUAAACGUAAAAGUUGAACCUCGCUCAACUUUUACCGACGUUUACGCGCGGCUUUCAGCAUUGCCACUAUUUCAUUUAUGUGCGCACGCACGUAAACAUUAUGCGACUGUGGAAUACCACCCUUACCGAGACAUCCAAGGCCAUUGAGCUUAGGUUAAAGGACGCAUAGGAAGGCCUAUUCCAUCUUUUCAAAAUUACGGCUCACUCAGCACAAUCAUUACCUAUCCUUCUGAUAAAUUAAAGGAGCCUUUCCGGUAUUUAGCUUAUGACCUACCCUUGGUAGUAGAAACGGGUGUGCAUAGAUUAGCUUCCCUAGAAUAGCCUUCUUUAUAACUGUCAUUUAUCACUUCUUCGCAGAUUUCGCUGGCGUCUGUGUCUAGGUUUAAAAUCUGGGCCCGAAAUUAGAACAUGUCAGAAAAGCUUGCAUUCUGCUACAGUGCAGCCAGAUGAUAUUCAUUAUGCACUUAAGGGGCUAUGUCACGCUUUUUGCUGUCUUGUGAAAAGAUAAAUCUUGUCUACGCUUCAUUUAAAUUCCAACCAUUAUGGUCCAAUUUUGUUAUAUGAGACUAUAUUUAAGCAUUGAAAAGCACUGAAACUGUUUCGUGUCGUCUUUUGCAACUGAUGGCAAGGAUGGACAAACAUUGAACCAACCUCUCCAAGUUUUACAACCUAUAUCAUUCACACACACAAUGUAAAAGUACUAUGGCUAGUGCUCCUUCAUGAACUUUGCCGUGGGAUUCUUCAUAACUCUACAGGAACAUUCUGGGUAUGUGUAAAGGCCCUGAGUAAAGACUUCAGCGCAGACCUGUUGACCUGAAAUAGCAAUAUCCUCUCGACAUAGCCCCUUUAAUUAAUGGCAAAUUAUUUUUUUCUUUUUCUUGGAAAUUUAGGAACAGCCAAGGUCAAGGAAUCAAGUCAGCAAGUCUCCUCCAUCUCUUCGGAUCUAAUACUUCCAUCACAACCACCACGACCACUAGUUUCCGACAAAUUAUCAUCAUCAUCUAACAUCGUAUUCGCUGGUCGGGAAAAGGAACACGAAGAUUUUGACAUUCCGCUAGCUUACCAAACCGGGGCAGCGAAAACGUGUAUGAAAAGUUUUGUUUCGUUUUGUUGCUUUUUUUCUGUUCUGUUCUGUUUUGUUUUGUUUUGUUUUUUCAGUCUAUCCAUACAUUUCAUUGCACCUAAUGAUGCCUUUGUUUCAUUUUUUGGUUAUUUACUGCUUAAAAAACGAGCAAGAGUGUAUUAUCCGGUUUAAAAACUCAAGUAAUCUCGUACCCAGAUCUCUUGUUGACGAAGACGAAGGCGGGAUCUGGUCAAAUCUGAUUUGUACACGUGAUUGCCUGUCAGGAAUGUAGCAGGCGUAUUUUGGGCGGGCAAAAGCUGCGUGUUUGCGUUGGUAUUGUUGUAACCGCCAUCUUUGAUGUUAUGACGGACGAAGAUUAGGGAGAGUAAAAAUAGUAACCCUUAGGGCAGGUGCUAGGGCGAAAGAAGGAAAGGGGGGAGGGGAGAAAAAAAAAAGGCGUUUUUUUUUUCUCUCUCCCCGCCCCCUACCCCGCUCCUUUUGACUCGCCCUAUUUUCUCCUCUCUUUUCGAGUUUCAACAUGGCGCUUUCGCAGGCAAAACAUUCGCGCGUCCGAAGAAAACGCCUGCACUGCAGGCUAGCGAUGAAAGAGCGCAUGCUCGAAACAAAUCCUCAAAUUUAGACGUGUUAAACAGCGAAUUUGAGAGAGCCGUAAAGUUUUCUCUCACAAAACGUGGUUAUAAGCAUAUCUUAACUAUGAACCGACAGCUAGUUAGUUUAAAAUUUGAUUAUCAUAACGCACGCUAAACACUAAGCUCAAAGCAGUAAGCGUCACCCUUACAGGAAAAUUUGUGUACCCUUUUCAAAGAUCUUAAUUUUGAUACCGCAAAAUUUAUUUAUUUGAACAGAACUGAAGACUUUGCACACAUAGCGCGCAGGAGGUCGACUACACUCGCAUCAUUCGCUCACAAGUUAGCCAAUUAAAAAAAUUGAAUUUUCUUACUUGACUAGAUCUCGCCUUCGGGUUCCUAAACAACUAGAAAAACAAUAUUUAUUGGCAUUUCCAUGAAUAGAUGGCAUUGCCGAUUACAAUAUUGAUUAUGUCAAGGUAAAGGAAAAAAAGGAAGAAAAGAAAGUAACAUUUAUUAUAUAUUGUAAAUAAUAAUAAUAAUAAUGCCUAAAAUUACACGGAAAAUGCUAACUAUAUUGUAGCUAUGUUUAAUGAUCUACUUUGACGUUUUUCGAAGGCCAGAAAAAUAAAAUGGCUAAGUUUCUUGCAGAUAAAGGAAUCUAUCGUUUGCAAUCAAUGGUUGAAAAUUAGGAUAUUUGUGACUUAUAGAAUCAAUUUUGGCGUGCAGUAUCUCUCGUAUUCUAUCGUUAAUUUAUGAUUGCUUGUUCUAAAUUUUGCCUCUUUGCGUCGGUGGUUUGUGUUUUUUAUAAGCUUCAAGUAAUGAGAUUUCUUGUUUUCUUGUUUGAAAAGAGAGUAAAAUUUUAGUUUCUUAUUUAGUUGAAUGAGAGAGGAUUGAUGUGUUUUAGCUAUCUUAAGAAUGUUUUGUGUCAAUUUAGAUAUCUCUAAUUUAUUUAUUUGUUGAACAUCAUCAAGUCUUGUUGUGUUUGUUCCUUCUUUGCAAAACUGUGAGCGUAUUUGGUAUGCGGAAGAGAUAAAGGAAUGAUUCUCCUGUGUUUGCUAAUGUUAUUGAUAUGAUGAGACGCUGCUUCGCAAUGCUAUUUUCGGGUAGGUCUUCUAAAUGUUGCUAGAACUUGAGGACAUUCAAAUAAAUUGUGGGUUUUAAAGAUGUUUGCCCAACUUCCUUUCGAGGGACAAUAUUGGAAGCCCUUUUGCUUAAUCCAAGAGAGUAUAAUUGAAAUCUUUCUACAGGGUCCUGUUCCCAUUUAUUAAGAUUCAGUUUGUCAUACGCACCCCAUACUUCUGAGGUAUACAAUAAUGUAGGUUUGAACAGUGUGUUAAAAAGUUUGUUGCAAGUAUCAAUUGAUAAUUUUUGGAAGUCAAGAAAACUUUUUGUUGCAAAAAUACAGCGUCUACAUUUUUCGAUCAGUAUUCGCUUUGAAUUUGAGAAGUUAUCAUUAGCACAAAAGGAAAGUCCUAAAUAGGAAUACAUUGUACUCUUGUGAAAUUUCAUCAUCAAUGAAAAAGGAAUAUUUCUCAAGCGUUGAUUUGCGGCAUCGUUUCUCAAAUAUCAUGAUUUUUGUCUUUUUGAGAUUUAUGGAGAGUUUCUAGUUUUUGCAGUAUUGCUGAAAGAUAUUUAGGUUUGUUUGAAGACCAGUAGCACUACUUGAGAAUAAAACUACAUCAUCAGCAUAGAAUAAACAGCUUAAUGGUAUACCAUUUUGGAGAAUAAUUGGGUCAUUAGAAUUGCAUGCUUUUAAUAGAUUGGGAAUUUCAUUUAAAUAUAAAUUGAUUAGCAGAGGGUAAAGAGCACAUCCUUGUCGUACAACUCUUCUAUAGGUAAAAUAAUCAGUUCUUUUGUUCCAACAUUUUAUGCUACAUUUCGUACGUGAAUACAUAUUUAAGAGAAUGUUAUAGCGGAGCUCCAUGCGCGGCGCGAAGCGCCCCGCGUGGGCGGAGCCCCAUAGCUAAUGAAAUGUGAUAAUCUACCCAUCCGAGAAAAUUUGGUAAUCACGUGACCGUACACCGACCGACCGACCGCCCACCCGACCGUCCGUCCGCACCACAGGCAUACCAAUGUAAAAUAACUCAAUCAACAGGUAUGGCAACCCAAAUGCAACUCAAAGUUUUGUUUGGAAGGAAAUCACUUGGCCGCCCGGACUUUUAGAAAGAAAAAACAACAACAAAGUCGUGUCUUUUUCGGCGUUUUUUUUUUGUUUAAAUUAACUUGGAUAACAGAGAAAGAGCUAGAGCGAGUUAUUGAAAACAAAGGACACGAAUUUCGUAGGAAGAAAAACAUGGAAAUUUAAAGCGGCGGUGAGAAAAUGAGAAAUGCUAACGGCCAGCAAGGUGAAAAUGAGCGGCAGUGAAAAACAAAAGCGAACAUGAGCACAGGAAACAAAAUAUUGGGUAAGCACAUACGACAUUUCCUGCAUAAAAAUAAUGUGUAACUAGGACGUUUGACGUUUUAGUCGUACAAAAGAGGGUUGUAGUCGUGCAAAACAACGGCAAGGGAAAGACAAAAAAGCGUGCGGCACGUGCAAAUUUGUUUUUUGCUAAUUAGAAGAAAAAGUGUGCCGCAUUUGCAAUUUGUUUUUCCGCUAAUUAGAUCUACUAGCCUUGAAGCCAUUUUCAUUGUCGUCCCCGUUUGGCAUUACACGAUUUUAUUUUUUUUUGUUUACCUGUAUUAUUAACCAGAGCUUCGCUUUUAGCCCUGGCUAAAUCUAUAUAUUAGACUGAACCCGUUAUGCCGUAAUGUGAAAGUUUCUUAAAUAGUCCAGGGUGCCCUACGGAGUCAAAAGCUAUAAAAUCUAUAAAAAAGCAGAAGAGUUUACCUUUAGGUGUACGGGUUACAUUCUUAUCAAUAAUGGUACGUAAUGAAAAGAGAUGAUCACUAGUGCGAAAUCCUAGGUAGCAAGCUGCGUUGUUGUAUGGAAUUGUGUUAUCUUUGAUUCAAGAUGGAAGAAAAUAAUUUGCUUAAACAGCUAGAGACACAAAUUGUACGGUAGUUCGAAGGAUCAGAUUUGUCACCCGAUUUAUAGAUUGUAGUAAUCAUUCCUUUUGACCAACUUGCAGGGAAAUAGCCAGAUUUUGGGAUAGUGUUAAAAGGAAUGGAUAAUGAGGAUGCAAAGUAAUGAAUACCACAUUUCAACAUUUCGUUGCGAAUUCUAUCUAGGCCAGGUGCCUUUUUAGUUUUAAGUUUUUUGGUAGCGGAUAUGAUGUCAGUUUCAGAAAUGGGGUCAUCAAGUUUGUUUAGAGAAUCAUGAUCACUAGUAGCGGGUCUUCAGAGUUGGAGUGAAGAGUACUAAAAUGGUUGUAUAGUUUAUCAUCGGGAAUCGGGUUGUUGAUUUCUGGAUUGUGGUCGUUUAAACAAGAGAUGUAGGUACGAGAUUGAAACUCGAGAGGAAGCCGAGAGUUUUUUAACCGUCUUGAUAAUACACGAUUGCGAGCUUGUUGAACGGCUUCAAAAUCUCUGAUAUAGACCAGCCCAUUCUUCGCCCCAGGGUGCUUGCGUGACUCAAGCCCGAGCGGCUACAGGGUCUUGGACGCCACUCUGUCUUUGCAAGCUGCAUCGCUGACUUUUCAGUUUUCACUAAAAAUUAACAGAAUUAUAAUCUAGUUAAUUGUCAUUGUUAUUCUUGUUCCACAAUUAAAGAUGGCUCAAGAAUGGCCAUGAGGGAGAACCCACCUUCGAGGUACAGACGAAUUUCAUCUAACAUUGUGAUCAACGGAGAAGAUAAUGUAUUCAAGAUUGGACCAAGCGUUACACUGGCCUGUCCUCCUGGAGCUCUUGAUAGUCGCCUGCAAACCUUGAGUAUAACAUUGCACUUAGACGACCCUUCCAAAUACUAUGAACUAAUUGUUCGGAGGGAUCUUGAAAAUGAUGUCAUGUUUGGUGCACCCGUCAUUAAUAUUGAACCCAGUGGACAUUAUUUUAAGAAACCUUUGACGCUGGCAACAAAAAUUGAGAGUAGAUUUAGAUGUCACGACGUUUUCAUUUUGCACGGAUUUAAGGCCAGGGAAGGAAAUAUUACUUGGCAUGACAUAACUCACAACUCGAGGAUUGAUGACGCAGGUGCAGGAGUAGACAUUGAAAUUUAUCAUUUCUCACUCAUUGCGAUUUUGUUAAGAUUAGGCAGAUCUACUUUGCUUUGUACCAAAGACAUUGUAUCAAGGCUCAACUUGGUACCUUUUAAUUACACGUUGUCUGUGUUGCUAAAGAGCAAUCCCUCUUCAGUGCAUGAUGAACUUGCCCUUCUGUUUGUUAGCCAAGAUGUCUACUGUGAGCAAUUCUAUAGAGAAGACGAGACGUCGUCUGCUUUGAUGCAACUUAAAAAAGAAGGAUUCAAAGAACUGCACGUACGUUGCAUUGCUAGCGAGGAGGAAAAAAGCAUCUACAACAAUGAAACCCUUCAGAUUAAAAUUCGCCUUGGGGAAGACUACAAGCUAGCCAACAAGGAGCAAGAAAGUAUUUGUUUGACCGUAAAUUCUUAUGAUUGGUGGCAUGAAGGAAAAGUUAUGAGAAUUCCUCUUGAGUGGAAAAAAGAUGUUAGAAGUCUGUGUGGGAAGGUCAGCGUGACAGGAGAGUAUGGACAUACAAGUGAGAGGCAUUUCAGAGAACGGGGUUAGUGUGAGAGCUUUGACAUCUUAAGCACACGAUAACCUAUAUUUUAUGAAAGAAUUUUUGACAUUGUUGAAGAAGUGAUGCGCAUAUUGACAUUGAAUUCAAACAUUGAAAGCAAUACGUAGAGUUAUAAUAUAACAUCCUAAAGCAUCCUAAAUGCUAGUACAAUAUUUUUCUUUUCACAGAACUGUGUGGCUAUGUAAGAAGCCUACUAGGUGUAGAGGGAGUUAUUUUCAAUGUUAUUCCUAUUGCUCAAUUGCUUGGGAUUCCCGAAGAGUCCGUUAAUCAAAUUGCUAAAUCUCAAAACGAUGAAGACGAAGAUCUGGAAAUGAUUUUAAAGGACUGGUCAAAGGAGAGAGAUUUCGUUGAUAACCUUGCUGUUCUCAGGAAAAGUCUCGAAAGCCUAAAAAAAAAGGGUAAGUUGUCCAAAAUGUUCGUUCUCUUGUAGGUCCUGGAUGGUCAUAAAACUGUAGUUAUGUUGCCAAAAGAACAAAAUUACUAUUCAAAUUACAUCGUUAACUAUACAUUUUUUUCUUUCUAUUGGAUUUCUUCUCUACUAACUUUAACUUGCGCCAGUUACAAAGGAAUGAUUAUCCGGCUUUUAAAAAUGUCGGUAGCUUUGCUACCACGGAACGAACACGGAAAGGAAAUUACUCAGAAGAUUUAUAGCGACUAAUACACAUUAAACUCACUUACAACAUAUAGCACACUACCUCUGUGUACUUACUUUGCCCUUAGCAUGUUUGUUUAGCAUAGAUAUCCAAUCUAUUCUCCCUAUGUUUGAGCCCAUUUUAGAUAAAAACGAUAUAUAUUAAACGCAAGGGAUGGGAGUUAAUAGAGUUGUAAAUCGGAGUUAUAUACACUGGCUUUCAAAAAGGUUUUCAUAUAGGGAGAUAUGUAUUGAUAAAUAUCCUUUUGUUUUCUUGCACGUACGCCCGUGUGCAUUUUUCACCCGUUAUUGUCCAACUUGUGAAAAAACUUAAUCAUCGAUAAAAUUUUUCUUCGUAGGCUUCUUUGUUCCAAUUUGAAAAGAACAUGUCGUUUGAAGUUUUUAAAAAAGGCAUGCGCCGGCCCUGCAAUACAAAUUUGCAACAGCGAAUUAUAAGGCUGAUUUAAGGCGUAACACAAAAACGAUUUUUUCAACAAAUUAUUCUGUGUCGUUCUGUAGAAACAGAAGUCAUCGAAUUGGUAGACGAAAUGUCAUGGCAUCUAUAGAUGUUUUUCACAUUGACGUCAUAAAAUUGUAAAGUCAAAAUAGCGAGGUUUUACGAAUUCUUAUUUACACUAGGUUGAAGAUAAACAAAAAGUAAAUCUUUGUACAAGUUUCCAUUCCCGUUGCAUGUUUCAUUUAGAAAAUACAACAAUUUGAACUUCCGAGUUUUCACAGUGCGUGACACCAAAAUGGGAAUGCUGUCUCGUUGAAAUAAAGUCUCUCCUCUUGAUAAGAUUUUCAGCAGUUUAUAACCAUUUCAAGUAUUAGAAGAUAUGUUUAUGCGCUCGUAUGCUAGUUCUCGAGUGAAAAGACAGAGCUUUUAUAGAAGCCCUGAACUCUUGAUUUCCGGCAGCCAUAUUGGUGCACCAAAACGGUGCAUCAAUAUGGCGUCUCCAUACAAAGCUCUACAAAGGUCCGUGAAACGUCGUGAAACGUUUCGGCAAAUAACUUAGAAACUGUGGGCCACAAAGACCUUAGACUUGAACAAAUUGUUUAUAUAUUGGUCUUUUAUAACAUUUCCUUUUUCUUGGCUUCUUCCACAGGACGGUUUUCAAUUUAUUUUUUUGUUGCUUGACAGUGAAAACGAUCUAUAGCAAGAAGCGAAGCAUUUUUAGUGAUGAGAGUGAGAGAGUGCGUGCUAAAGAGAAACAGUAAACUAACUUGAAAACAUUUGAGGCCGAGAGUUUACUCUGUCUUCAGUGAGGCGUUGCUUUUCAAGCUGUGAUUUACACGAAAAAAGGAGACCUAAAUAUAUAUAACCAGCUCAUCUAGAUCUACUUCUAUGAACCUCGUUAACGUCUUGCUUGGUCCGUUUUAAUCAACUGCUACAAUAUUGUUGCUUCAGAUCCCACAUAUUCAAUAUCGCGAACAUUAUCCAACCUUGCAUCUUCCCUCUCAGAAAAAAAAGUCAACGGUGUCAAAAACACUUUUUUUUUUCAUUUCAUCUGCGUUGUUGUAAAAAUCAAAAUCUUUGAGGUUUUCCCCCUUAUCCUGUAACAACAACAAUUAUAUAACCUACAACUGACCGAGUUCCGCAUUCUUUACGGAAAAUAUUCGUCAAUCGUGCACUCGUUUUUUUGUCAAACUGGAACAAAGAACCUGACGAAGAGUAACUUUAUCCUUGAACCGAGAUUUUUCACAUGUUGGACAAUGACAAGUGAAAAAUGCACACAGCUUACGUGCAAGAAAACAAAAGUAUAUAUAUCUAUCUCUGUAUGAAAACCUUUUUGAAAACGGAUGUAUAUAUAUAUAUAUAUUCCUUAGACGAAUAUUUUUGUCUUUUUAUAAUAUGUCUAGUAAAUUGCCUUUUGCUGAAAAAGCUUUUGAACGCCUCCUUUUUAUAUCUUCCAAGAUUUAAGUUAAUUCCGUUCAUCUAUAAAAAAAUUCUCAGUAGCGAAAACUAAUGAUUAGAGCCACUUAUCACUGCCCCCCCUUCUGAUAGGUUUCGUUUUUUAAUAUUUAUUCUCACCAGAUAUCAAAGUAACACAAAGAGGACAGAUGUAUAUAAGGCACGUAAGAAAACUUGCACGCAAAAUCUCGGGUUUGCAAUGCAUGAAUGCUGAUUCACAGAGCUAUUUCAUUCACAAAAUACAAGCCCUUUCCAAGUCUGUGUUCAGGGACUGUUGCAUUGAAUUAGAAAGUUCUUCCGACGAUGUUGAAAGAGCAGCCUCCUUUACAAAUCACGCAGAGUAUCUCAUUCAGUCAAUGGAGAUUCUUCGUCCAAUCCCAGAAGAUAUUGCAGAAAAGUACCAUCAAUUACACGAAGAGUCGUCGCACGAAUCCAUGAUCAAAACGUUUAUGGUGAUUGUCCCUUACCUGAUUCAGAACAUAAAGGAUAUCUUUAUAGAGGACGGGAUGUCAGAAGUUCCCCAAAAUGGCUUAAGAGGGCUUCCUAAGGACAAACUGGGCAAUUUUGUGUCUGCUUUGCGGAAUGCUGAAGAAAACGACAAUUUGCCCCUGCUUAUUUGCGAGUUCUGCAAUAUUCUUGAGCAAUUGUGCAUGGCAAAUUAUGACCGUAAUCAGCCAAACACAGAAAUUGAAAAAUGGAGCAAAAGUCUGGCAGUUGUCCCAAUGCUGAACUUUCUGAAGCCGUUUUUCCAGUGCUGUCGGCAAGAUAUAAGAUCGCACAAGAGACUUGACCUGUUUUCUUGCAGCAUUAAAGACAUCAUGGCCAACCGUGAUAAAAUUGAUGAUUUCUCUGUACAUGAUCUCUCUAAUGUUUUAUUGAGUCUGAUUCAUUUCGCAAAGUUUGAUCCCUCAAAACUAGUGAGGUUUGAACUAAGUGACUCAGAAAAUGUUCCUUUGUCUUGCUCCCGUGAAGGAGUCAAGUAUGACCAAUUCUUUAACACGUACUCUGAGUUGUUCCGCAUCAAGAAACGGUCCAACGAUGAGCUUCACCUACAUGCCUUCGCACGUGUGUACGUCAAUGGAGAUACCUAUUCAAAAGGAACUUUUCAGUCAACAGCCAUGCUAGCAGCUUCGAGCAAGAAUGCUCUCAAAGAAUGUGUAACCUGUUUUCACGAUGUCACAGUAGUGCUGACGGAAGUCAAAGGUUCGGAGAAUCUCCGCGUUGGCUUUUUUGCUGCACACAAGGAGAAACUGUUAGAGCUAUUAGACGUCCUGAGAAAAGAAUUGCGGGAGCACAUAGUAGAUUUGAACAGGUCAGAAGUCACACAGUGCCCUCUUUCGAUGCGAAGUGUAACAUCAAAGACAGAUGCGGUUCUUAGUCUGCGUUUAGUUUACCAAUGGGGGUCUGAGGCAGUUUUUCUUGACAGCAAAGAUUUCGUGAUGUCUAUUCCAAGUACAUCCCACGUACCACGUGUGGGUAAGUUCAAAGUAUUCGUGGUCACGGUGUUCUUUGCGAAUCAGAUUCGCCGUUUCUUGUUCACGUUUUUGACCGCAGAUAGUGAGAGGUACAACAUAUUCUACACUGACCCUACUUUACAUCCAUGA